AGCACGCGUGGCACAUGCAAGAGCUAAACUCGUUGAUUUCUUUUAUUAGCCUCGAAUCUGUUCGGCGAAGAUCCAGUUCUAGUUUCAAAGAAACAUACUGAAUACCAUUGAAAACUGUGAAUUCAGAGAUCUGCCCAAACUUGCGACCUGAAUUCUGCUCUAAGAGCACCUUAAGACGGCUAUUGUUCAGUAAAGCAUCAAAUUUAGUCAAACGUCGCAGGAACUGACCACCCUGAAGUUGGGAGAGGUGAAAUGUCGAACACCAGAAGAUUGUUUCAGCAUCUGAGCUUCGCGAUAUUUCUCUUAUGUUGUUCAAUGGCUACAUAUGGGAAACCAGUGGACGAAAUCUCCAAUAUAAAGAAGAGGUCUGUCUCGGAGCACCAGUUCAUGCAUGACAAGAGCAGGUCGAUCCAGGAGCUGCAGAGGCGGAUCUGGCUGAACAAUGUAAUGGGCGAGCUGCACACCGCAGAGGGCCGGGGACUGGCUCAGUCACAACCGCCUCGCAAUCCCAAACACCCGGCGACGUGGCCGGACACGCCGGACCUCGCCGAGCUACUCAUCAAGCUGGCAGCUAACAACAGCAACGACGAGGGAACCAAGACGCCGCUGGAGCAGUUGCAAGAGACCAAUAAGCCCGGUGCUUUAAAAUACCAGAACGCCAAGAAGAAUGGCAAGAGGAAGAAGCAAGGCAAGAACAGCAGACGCAAAGCGCAGAGGGGUCGUGAGGAGAAGAACAGGAGACACGCACGCUCCGCCGCUUCCGAAGUCAGGGAUCCCAGCAGCGGACCCGGUUCCAAGCCGCUCCUCACUGCCGUCUUUGGGCGGCUCUGGCACUGAGGGGCCAACCUGUAAAAUACAUUUUUAGGUCUGCUCUGCAGGUGAAGACUGAAAAAAUAUCUUUUGCAGUAUUCUGUUCGUGUGAUCAUUAUUAAAAUAUUAAACAUAUUUAUUGAUUGUAAAUAUAAAACACACAAGAGAAUAAAAACACGAGUGUACACUAUGGAGCUGUACAUUGGUCAUUGUGAAUAUCUGACAAUUUAUGAUUAAUGUCACAUACCGUAAUUUAUUUGUUAAAUCAUCUAUUUAUUUGAACUGUGUAUCAUGGUGCUGCUAA